UCAUUACAUAGACCAGCUAUUACACAGUGGUUAUGAAUUGAAAGGGGAGGGGCAGUUGGAUUACGGUUCGUUUGAACAUUGUUGAGGCAGCUCAUUCUGCAGAGGGAAUGCGAGCUGAGAGAAGAGCGAAGCGAGGGGUGAAGCAAAUGCUGACGGGGGCCAUUGUUCGCGUCUCGCUAGGAACAAAGGGUUUGGCCCACCGCUAGCUUGAUUCAUGUAGACUUUUCAACACGUGGGUUUCUAUAAAAACGAUACUUGACAAGAGUAAAAAUAGAAACUCAGGGAAACUAUUUUACUUUUAGUUAGUUCUUUUUUGUUUCGAAGAGGAAGACUGAAAUAACGACUGUGGUUAAGGUGCUCCAAAUUGGGACAGCUAGCACCCGCGCUAGCCUGAACACCGAGCGGCGGUGGUGGAAAAACCAUUCCGAGCAGGUGGAUACCUCUAGGAGAUUAAAAACAACUGGCCCCUGGGCUGACUGAAUUGUAUAUUGGAGUGGAAGGAGGACAAGCAGCUCGGGACUGUGCUGUUCGUCUAAAUCGUUCAAGCUGUACUCCCCCAAGGAGCCCGGCCCUAACGGCAGUGCCUUCCCCCCUUUCCACCCCGGCACCAUGCUGGACAGAGACGUUGGGCCAACACCAAUGUUUCCUCCGUCUUAUCUAGAGCCCGGCAUGGGGAGACCCACACCAUAUGGCAACCAGACAGACUACAGGAUAUUUGAGCUCAACAAGCGGCUUCAGAACUGGACAGAGGACUGUGAUAAUCUCUGGUGGGAUGCCUUCACCACAGAGUUCUUUGAGGAUGAUGCCAUGCUCACCAUCACCUUCUGCCUGGAAGAUGGGCCCAAACGAUAUACAAUCGGCCGGACAUUGAUCCCCCGUUACUUCCGGAGCAUCUUCGAAGGGGGCGCCACUGAGCUGUUCUAUACAUUGAAACACCCCAAAGAGUCCUUUCACAGUAAUUUUGUGUCCCUAGACUGUGACCAGUGCACCAUGGUCACACAGAAUGGCAAGCCCAUGUUCACGCAGGUGUGUGUAGAGGGGCGUCUGUACCUGGAGUUCAUGUUUGAUGACAUGAUGAGGAUCAAGACAUGGCACUUCAGCAUCCGGCAGCACCGUGAGGUCCUGCCCCGCAGUAUACUGGCAAUGCACGUGCAGGAUCCCCAGAUGCUGGAGCAGCUGGCUAAAAACAUUACACGCUGCGGACUAUCCAAUUCCACGCUCAACUAUCUCCGGUUGUGUGUCAUCUUGGAGCCCAUGCAGGAGCUGAUGUCCAGACACAAGACUUACAGUCUGAGUCCCAGAGACUGUCUCAAGACAUGUCUCUUCCAAAAGUGGCAACGCAUGGUGGCCCCACCAGUUUUUCUUAAUUUUCCCCCCCUCCAAGCUGAGCCAGCCAGACAAGCACCCAACAAACGGAGGAAAAGGAAGAUGUCUGGAGGCAGCAACAUGAGUGCUGGAGGAGGGAACAACAAUAACAACAGCAAGAAGAAGAGUCCUGCUAACAACUUCCCCCUCUCCACACAGGUACCUGACGUGAUGAUGGUGGGUGAGCCCACCCUGAUGGGAGGGGAGUUUGGAGACGAGGAUGAGCGUCUGAUCACGCGGCUGGAGAACGGCCAGUUCGACACGGUCAACGGCGGGGGGGGGCUGGAGGACGAGGACAGUUUCGGCAGCUCCCCCGCCCUAGGGGGCGCGCACUCCCCCUGGAACAACAAGAACCCUAACAGCCAAGAUAGCAAGAACAACGACUCCCAGUCCUCACAGUAGAGCCUAAACCCUAACUCACCACCCAGAUACGCUACUUCUCUACUUUCAGAUUGAAUCCCACUUAUUCUCUCUCUCUGUCGCAAAUGCUCAGUGGUGCUGAACGUCGGCCCUCCUCUCCUGGCUCCCCUUGCUCUUCCACGCUAGUCAUGACUCGGCUCUGUUUAGUUUAUGCGUGUUCUUUCAGUGUUUUGAGUCAGUGUUUUCGGCCUCCCGUGGUCAGUGCCAGCUGUGGUGGCCAUUUUGCUGGCGGCCAAUAUUGGCGGGUUCUUGUUCCAACCUCGGGUCUCUGGGUGUGUUACCUUGACAACAUGCCCGUUUCUGUUAUGCUCACCUCACAGGGAAGGAAUUAUCUAGCGUUAUUUAUGAUCUCUUAGACUUUAGCAGAGUUUAAAAAAUAAAGUAUUGUGUGCACUUCGGCAUAAGUCCAACGUUCAGUUUUUAAAAACUAAAUUAUUUGUUUUGUAGGACCUGGUUGGAACAAAAACCUGUACACUGCCGGAGCUUGAGGACCGGAGUUGAGAACCACUACGCUAAACCUAAAACAAACACACCAGAUACACACAACACACACACGCACACAAUGAGGUACUGAAGAGAGCUCCUCCCCCCCCCCUGGACCAGAGCGCCAGGCCAUACAGAAGUGGGUUUUGAUUUUUCUAUGUUUUUAAUUUGAUUUCAAUUUUUUUUAUUUUUAUAUCAAUUUCUAAUAAUGAAACAGUCAAACAAAAAACACCCCAGAAUAUUCUUUGCACUGUUUUCCAAUGUAAUUUUAAUCUAUUUUUCCUAUGAAUUGUUGGCGUAUUUUGUUUAUUAUGGCUUCUAUAAAGAAAUUGUAAAGCAUUAGAAACCUGUGACAGGAGAAGAGAGAGUACGGUAUAUAACUGUAUAAAUAUAACUGUUAGAUCAUUUGUAUAAUUGUUAUUAUGAUUACUACUUCUGUGUAAUAUUGUAUUGUCUAUGGCUGAUAGUAUCAGACAUGGUUAUGACGUUAAAAACAAAACCCAGCAAUUCUGAAGUGAAAAGCCACCUCUUAAAUGUCCAAAGCUGUGCCCUUAAUGGAAUCCUAUUCCCUGUGUAAUGAACUACUUUUGACAAAGACCGACAGGGCAAUAAUGUAAAGUACACUACAUGGAUAUGGUAACACUUGGAAAGCAUCCUAUUCAUGUGCUCAGUACCUCACAUCCACACUUCAGACAGUGCAGACAAUAUUAGUUUUUCUCAGAUUUCCUACUCAAAAAAUUGGAAGAAAAUUUUGACACCUCAUUGUAAGAUAUAUUAAAACAUUUUGUAUUGUGUUUCCCAAUAACUUGUAAUCACAAUUUUUUGAAAGCUACAGACCAAGAAGCUACUUUGCAAGACCCUUUUUAAUAUUUGUCCCCGGAAAUGCUAUUUGUUAGUAUUAAGAAUACUUUUAUGUGGGCUUUUCUCCCUCAUGUUUUCUUUUGUCUUCGUGCUUGUAUAUUUAAGGUAGUUUCUGUAUAAUUGUUAAUCAAUGUAUUUUUCCUUAAAUCAACACCCUAAAGUAUAUUUCAUGUAAAGUAACAAUCUCAUUUUGGAACUAUUUAGAAAACAUAUUCAAGAUCUUGACUAUGAAUUUGGUUUCAACAUACAACGUAUUUAUUUUUUAUGUUGAUGUCAAUGAGUUCACAAGUUUCUGUACAAUAUGUCUUUUCCCCAAAUCGGUUUGUAGAGCUCGGUGGGCCGCUCUGUCAUCUCAACUACUAUUUUGCUUGUCAGUAGCUCACCCCAGUGUCUCUGGUUUAAAAUGUAGAUUUAAACACAAAUAAGGACGUUCAUUUCACAUGGUGUAGCAUACUGUUCCUAUAGUAAAUCCACAUGUUUCAGUUAAUUCAUUUGUGUUGAAUGUUUUGGUUUCUAUGUACAUGCAUUGGUGUAGAUACUUAGUUUACCCCCAGGGGUCUCCUGAGCUUUGUGACAAGUUGACCAGCCUGUAACAAGUCCAUGCAAUCAAUCCUCACACUCUUUCACAAAUGGUCUAUAAAUCUACUCUGACAUCAGUAGACUAACUUUUAAUAUUUUCAAUAUCCAAUCAUGUUCUCUUCAAAUGCCCUGUUUUCUCUGUUCUGGUCCAGCACUUCAGCAGACUGACUUUGAACAGGAACUGAGGGCACAACACAAAUCACACUGUUUUCCCUAAAUAGGACACUACCAUCUAUGGCAUUGGUCAGAAGGAAGUGCACUGUAUACGGAGCGGGGUGUGAUUUGAGUGGUGUGAAGUACCCCUAACUGCCCCCGAUAGCACCUCUUUUCAUAGGGGUGUUUUGAUAAACAGUAUAUAUUAUAUUUUGCCUAGUUUCUGCCAUUGAGGAUCUAUGUUAUGGUAUCAAUAAAGAUGAAUUUUCACUUAAA